ACAUUAUGAGUUUCCAGGGGGCGGAGCAAUGCGUUGAGUGACGGGUUGUAUGAGUGGGUCCAGGCGCUGGAUACUGGUCUAUGUAGGCCGGGCGGGUGUUAAGGUCUCCGUACACUUGACGGAGGCGGCGGUGUUCUGGUGGCGAUGUCGGAUUUUCGAUUCGUUGUGAUUGCACUGUGGCUCCACGUCGGCUACUGUACAGGGUCAGAAUUUCGAUUUGGAUCUUACUAUGCCAGUCACAUGGUGUUACAGCAGCAGCCCUCUCGAGCUGUUCUCUGGGGAUAUGGUGUCGUGGGAGCAACAGUUAAUGUGAAUGUUUGGGCAGGUGAUGGUAAUUAUAGUCAGCAGACUACUGCAGUGAAUGAAGUUGUAUCUCCUGGUGGUGGUAAUGUUGGUGUCUGGAAAGUUCUGCUCCAUCCUUUUCGUUCAGGUGGUCCGUUUUCAAUUACUGCAGAGCAGAAGAUUGCUGAGGCUGUGGACAAGAUUAUUUUAGAAGAUGUGUUUUUUGGAGAUGUCUGGCUGUGUAGCGGGCAAAGCAAUAUGGAGAUGACAGUGUUACAGAUUAUUAAUGCAUCUGAAGAACUGUCUCUUGCUUCCCAUUAUCCAUAUAUUCGUCUAUUCCAAGCAGGAUGGAAAAUGUCAGAUCACGAACUAGAUGAUCUAGCUGGCAUCGCAGUGCAGUGGUCAGCUCCCACAGCAGAAAUUCUUGGCCGCGGCAACUUCACUUCAUUCUCAGCUGUCUGCUGGUUGUUUGGCCGAUACCUCUAUGACAAGCUACGUUACCCUAUUGGGUUGGUAGAGUCAUGUUGGGGAGGCACACCUAUCGAGGUUUGGUCUUCCAAAAGAGCCCUCAGCAAAUGUAACCUUCCUGUCAACGUUAGCUUUGUCAAUGAAGCCAGAGGACCUCAUGAACCCAGUGUCCUGUGGAAUGCAAUGAUACAUCCAUUGAAGAGGAUGGCUAUCAAAGGAGCCAUUUGGUAUCAAGGAGAAGCGAACGCAGCUUUGCAUAACGCUGAAUAUAACUGCACCUUUCCUGCUAUGAUUGAGGAUUGGAGGAAAACCUUUUAUCAAGGGUCUGAAGGUUCUACAAAAAUCGAUUUUUCUUUUGGGUUCGUCCAGCUUUCUACCUAUCACCACAAAUUCCCAGAUGAUUCCUUCCCUUGGAUUCGCUGGCAUCAAACGGCUGAUUUUGGUUUUGCUCCAAACCCUAAAAUGAAAAGGACAUUCAUGGCAGUUGCAAUGGACCUGGGUGAUGAGAAAUCUCCUUAUGGCAGCAUUCAUCCGCGGUAUAAACAAGAAGUAGCCUACAGAUUAUACCUUGGUGCUCUUGCCAUAGCUUACGAAGAGACUGAAGUUGUUUUCCAAGGUCCUUUUCCAAAGCACUUCCAGCAAAAGAACACAGAAUUGAGUAUCACCUAUUCACAGGAACUUGCUGUACUGGAACUCAGUAAAGAUAUAUUUGAGGUUCGAUGCUGUUUAAAGUGGUAUAAUUCAAACUGUACGUGGGUUUCGGCCCCUAUGGUUAACAGUUCUGUCAACGUAGUCAUUUUGUCACUGGAAGAGUGCCAGCAGAAAGUGAGUGGAGUUCGUUACGCAUGGAAUGAAUGGCCCUGUAAACUGAAGAAAUGUCCUCUCUACAGCAGAACUUCUAAGUUGCCUGCCCCAACAUUCAUGACACCCAAAAAUGAUCAUUAAUAUUAAAAAAAAACAUUGUUUUUGUUGAAUUAACAAAGUGAGCAGGUCAAGUUAUAAAAUGCAUAUUGAGCCUUCUAUCAGCCCUUCAAAAAUUGAUUGUUCUUGUGACUCUUUCUUAUAUAAGAUUAAUUUUGAUUCAGCUGUCUUUUAACUGACAGUGAUACUGAUUUUUGAAAAGUACAAAAUCUGAGAGAUCUUUGUAGGUGUAUUAUAUUUAGGUAUGGCCAUAUCACUCAUGCUUAAGAUUAAUAUAUUUUCUAAUGCAUCUUUCCCAGGUGUUUCUGGGUAAUAUAUUCUACAUUUUGCUCUAGUAAUGAUUGUCUUAAGUUCCUGCAUUCUUGGUAGAUUGGAAGAAAGGUGUGUAAUGCCCAAGGAUUGGGAACCUGCAAAGUAUGAUUUAAAAAUUAAUACAAAGUUCUUGAAACAUUGCAGGGUAAAUAUGGAGCAUUCAUUUUUCCUGGAAUCAGUCUUAUUGCUUUGCUUUCUAACACUAGGAGUGCCAUAUUGCUGCUCCUUUACUACUCCCUCCCUUGUUAUUCAAGUGGAUGUACAAAGAUAUUAAAGCCCAAGAAACAGAAGCUUCCUCAUUUGCUCUGCUAUUCACUAAAAUUACAAUUUGAUGCCAGUUUCUUGCACUAACAUAAUGUUUCUUAAAUCUGUUGAUAUCUAAAAAUCUUACUAAUCUGUAUAAACUGUAUUUCGUAGUGUAGUCUCUAUAACCAUCUUGGGUGGAGUUCCAAAGAGUCUUCUUUUCUUCUGGGUAAAGAUGUUUCUUCUUGUCUUGUUCCUGAAUGGAUGUCCCCAUAUUUUGAGUUUGUGACACCUGAUUCUAUUGCUCCGCCUUGAGGGGAAAUAAUUUCUGCUGCAUAUGUCCUGUUACAUUCCCCAAGACUGAUACGGUGGCACAGCACCCAAGUCUAAUCCUGACCUUGAAUGCUUUUUGUAUGGAGUUCCCCCUUUCUCCUAGUUCACCCAGUGGAUUUUCUCCAGUUGGAGUGUUUCCAGCAUUUUGUGUUUUAUUUCAGUUUUCUAACAUAUUUUCAUGAACUGUUAAUUAUUUGUUACAAUAGGUUAAUGAAAAGAGUUGGAAUGUGUGAGAGUCCUUAAUUUGCUGAGUACAAGGAAGUAAAGCAAGGAGGCCUGGGACUAGCUAUUUCCCAUUUCGUGCCAAAUCAGCGAAAUGGCUCAUAAGCAAAUCAAUGCAAAAUCAAAUUAUUAUUACUUGCCAGCUUAAUGGCUGACUAGAUUCCCAUAUAGUGUUGCCUUUUUACUGAACAUAACCAUGUGGCUCAGUCAUCGGGUGGAGGAGAGCAUAUUAUAUGUCACUGGCACCCACUCUGUGAGAUGUGAUAUUGAAGCAUGAGAGCCAAUAAUGUUUUUGCUUGGCCGCUGAUAAUUUUGUGAAGAUUUGAUACAGUCCAUCCAUCCAAUUUAAAUUGGAGGCAGUAAAAAAAGGAUGAGCGUUUACACUCUCAGUAGUUUAGAUUUGCACUAUAAAUACAACUGAAGUACAGAACAUACAAAAUAGAAUGCAUUCACCUAAAUGAAGUCAAAGCUGAGAAGAGUGCAAAACAGUGGAAUCUUUAGAAGUUGAUGAGAAAGGGGUGAAAUGACCAAAUGUGCAAGCUACUUGCAUUGAAAUGUAACUGUUGCUCAGCCAAUGAGGAUGCAGUGAUGUACAUUGUGUUUACUAGUUGUUCACGUGUAGCAACAGCAGCUGGUUGGGAAGGGACUCCUGUUGCAGUAUUCGAACCUCCGUUGUCUGAAGAAAGGUCAGUGUAGGUAACUGGUCUGGCAGAGCAGUGAAAGGAACUGUGGUUGAUGGUCCUGCAACAGAGAAACACUCCCCAGUGGAAGAGUCGGACAAGGCAUUUAACCUUGGAUCUGCACCAUAAGAAUUUGCUCAUUAUCACUUCACUUCCUAUCCUGCUGCAGCUCUGAUGAAAUGGAGUUCAUUGUUGUCAGUUUGCACUAUUCUUUUAAUCAGUCAGAAUCGGGUUUACUAUCACCAGCAUGUAUUGGGAAAUUUGUUAACUUUACAGCAGCAGUGCAUGAUAAUAGAGAAAAUAACUGUGAAUUAGAGAAAAUAUAUAUAUACCAAUAAAAUAGUUAAGUUAAAUAAGUAGUGUAAAAAUGGAAACAAAGAAGUAAUGAGGUAGUGUUCAAGGGUUCAAUGUCCAUUUAGGAAUCAGAUAGCAGAGGGGAAGAAGCUGUUCCUUAAUCACUGAGUGUCUGUUUUCAGGCUUCUGUACCUACUCCCUGAUGGUAACAGUAAGAACAGGGCAUGACCUGGGUGGUGGGGUCCUUAAUGAUGGACACUGCCUUUUUGAAGCAUCCUUCCUUGAUGUCCUGGAUACUACAGAGUCAGUGCUCAUGAUGGAGCACUCAUUUUUGUUCACUGAAUAACAAAUAAUACUGUAAUAACUGAGUUUCUUCUCCUUGAAGCCCUCACUUAUUGUGCAACUGUUAAUAAAUAACAAUGUCAAU